CUCAUUUCCCCUCUCUCCUUCCCACCACUCUCUCUCUCACUUCCCCACUUCCCCCUCUCUCCUUCCCUGAUUAUUACACCUAUGAUUAUUACACCUAUGAUUAUUACACCUAUGAUU